AUGGUCGGUGUCUGAUGGCCAACCUGUCCUGACAGGGGACAGUCAACGCCCGCUCCCCACCGUGUCGGCUGGCCGGGUGGGCUGAGGGUGUGGAACACCGAGAGCGCAUGACCCGCUAGCCGCAGCUGCGAGCAGCCUGGGGAGGUUCUGCGGCUCCUCCGUUCCUCGCUGUCAGCGCCCGCCGCCCCUCCCGGCUGCACUUCCUCCCCAGCCCCCGCGGCCCAGGAGGCUCGGGGACCCAGCGGCCGGCAGCCGGAGGCCGCCACGCCCUUGCUUCAGCCGUGCGGGAGAUUGGAGCUGAACAGAGCAGCCUCCUUAGGAUGACCUCGCCCUCCAGCCCUCCCGCUUUCAGGCUUGAGACAUUGGAUGAAGUCCAAGAAGAGGAUGCUAAAGUGGACAAAGGAAAGCUGGGCCAUGGGGAUGGGCCGCCCCCCAUGGAGUCACCAUUCCAGGGCGAGGACCAGAACUUCCCCCCUCAGAUCAAAGUGAACCUCAAGUACAGAAAGGGUGCAGGUGCCAGCCAGCCAGACCCAAACCGCUUUGACCGUGACCGGCUCUUCAGCGUGGUGUCCCGGGGUGUCCCCGAGGACCUGGCUGGGCUACCAGAAUAUCUGCGCCGGACCAGCAAGUACCUCACUGACUCAGAGUACACAGAGGGCUCUACAGGGAAGACAUGCCUGAUGAAGGCUGUGCUGAACCUUCAGGACGGGGCCAACGCCUGCAUCCUGCCGCUGCUGCAGAUCGACCGGGACUCUGGCAAUCCCCGGCCCCUGGUCAAUGCCCAAUGCUCAGAUGAGUACUACCGAGGCCACAGUGCCCUGCACAUCGCCAUCGAGAAGAGGAGCCUGCAGUGUGUGAAGCUCCUGGUGGAGAAUGGGGCAGAUGUGCAUGCCAGGGCCUGCGGCCACUUCUUCCAGAAAAAGAGCCAAGGGACUUGCUUCUAUUUUGGUGAGCUGCCCCUGUCUCUGGCCGCGUGCACCAAGCAGUGGGAUGUGGUGACCUACCUCCUGGAGAACCCGCACCAGCCAGCCAACCUGCAGGCCGCCGACUCCCUGGGCAACACGGCCCUGCACGCCUUGGUGAUGAUCGCUGACAACUCAGAGGAGAACAGCGCACUGGUGAUCCACAUGUACGACGGGCUCCUCCGAGCCGGGGCCCGCCUCUGUCCCGCCGUGCAGCUCGAGGACAUCCCCAACCGGCAGGGCCUCACGCCCCUGAAGCUGGCCGCCAAGGAGGGCAAAAUCGAGAUUUUCAGACACAUCCUGCAGCGGGAGUUCCCGGGGCCAUGCCAGCCCCUUUCCCGAAAGUUCACUGAGUGGUGCUACGGGCCUGUCCGGGUGUCGCUGUAUGACCUGGCCUCUGUGGACAGCUGGGAGGAGAACUCAGUGCUGGAGAUCAUCGCCUUUCAUUGCAGAAGCCCGCACCGACACCGAAUGGUGGUUUUGGAGCCACUGAACAAGCUACUGCAGGCGAAAUGGGACCUGCUCAAGCCCAGGUUCUUCUUCAACUUCCUGUGUCACUUGAUCUACAUGCUCAUCUUCACCAUUGUGGCCCACCACCAGCCUGCCCUGGAGAAGCAGGCCUUCUCCCUCAUGAGAGGAACAGCCGGAAACUCCAUGCUGCUACUGGGCCACAUCCUGAUCCUGCUUGGGGGGGUCUACCUCCUCGUGGGCCAGCUGUGGUACUUCUGGAGGCGCCGUCUGUUCAUCUGGAUCUCGCUCAUGGACAGCUACUUUGAAAUCCUCUUCCUGGUCCAGGCCCUGCUCACAGUGCUGUCCCAGGUGCUGUGUUUCCUGGCUGUCGAGUGGUACCUGCCGCUGCUUGUGUCCUCACUGGUGUUGUGCUGGCUGAACCUGCUUUACUAUACACGUGGCUUGCAGCACACAGGCAUCUACAGCGUCAUGAUCCAGAAGGUCAUCCUGCGGGACCUGCUCCGCUUCCUUCUGGUCUACUUAGUCUUCCUUUUCGGCUUCACUGUAGCCCUGGUGAGCCUCAGCCGGGAGGCCCGGGUCCCCCAGGACCCCACAGGCUCCAAUGUCACGGAAGCAGUGCGGUCUGGGACGGGACAGGAUGAGGAGGGCAGCACGGCCCCAUACAGGGGCAUCCUGGACGCCUCCUUGGAGCUCUUCAAAUUCACCAUCGGCAUGGGCGAGCUGGCCUUCCAGGACCAGCUGCGCUUCCGUGAGGUGGUGCUGCUGCUGCUGCUGGCCUAUGUGCUGCUCACCUACGUCCUGCUGCUCAACAUGCUCAUCGCCCUCAUGAGCGAGACCGUCAACAGCGUGGCCACCGACAGCUGGAGCAUCUGGAAGCUGCAGGGUUGAUGUGAGGAUCCAAUAAGCUCAUAGAUCUAAAGCCCUUAGGACAGUGCCUGGCACAUAGUAGGCUCAGUGUGUUAGUGAUCAUCAUUGUCAUUAUCAGUAAGUAUCUCCUGAGUGUCUACUACGGGGCUAGGCUCAGCUCUAGGUGCUAAAUACACAGCAGAGAACAAGACAAAGUCCCUGCCCUCAUGCAGCAUCCAUUCUGUGUUCAUUGUAUGUUACAUGGGGUCAGUUUAGUGGCGAGGCAGGCAAGAUGUGCAAUCCUGGGGCUGGCCCAGGCUGGGAGAGUUGGGGGAGCAGAGGCCCCUGUAGCUGGGGGCUGAUAUGACAGCUACCUAUGGUGGAAGCAAUAGCUGCUUCUCAACUGGAGGAGGGUUGGGGUGGGUCUGGGUAGUUGGUGCGAGGAGAUCCUUGCCCAGGAGGCUGGACUCUGUUACCAAUUCACUUUUUUUUUUUUUUUGUGAGGAAGAUCAGCCCUGAGCUAACAUCCAUGCUAAUCCUCCUCUUUUUGCUGAGGAAGACCGGCCCUGAGCUAACAUCUAUUGCCAAUCCUCCUCCUUUUUUUCCCCCAAAGCCCCAGUAGAUAGUUGUAUGUUGUAGUUGCACAUCCUUCUAGUUGCUGUAUGUGGGAUGCCGCCUCAGCAUGGCAGGAGAAGCGGUGCGUUGGUGCACGCCCAGGAUCUGAACCCGGGCCGCCAGUAGCGGAGCGCGCGCACUUAACCGCUAAGCCACGGGGCCGGCCCCUCAAUUCACUUCUGACCUUGGGCGAGCCCCUUACCUUCUCUGAGCCUCCAUGUCCUCCUCUGCAAAUUUCUGUGUCCCACCUAACUUGCUCAUGUGCCGAUGGGCAGGCACAUUGUGUGUGGGGUAGAGCAAAUGAAGAUGUGUACCUGGUGGUGUGGAACUCUGGAACCUGUGACCAUGCAAUAACAAGUGACUGUUGAGCACCCAUGAUGUGCUGACUUCCCAGCACCCAUCCGUCUAUAAGGGGAAACUCAGAGUCAGAGGGGUUGAAGGCAUCGCACCGCUAAUCAAACAUUGGAGCCGGAUUCAAAUCCAUGUGCUUAGGGGACUUUGGGGUAUACUGUAAGGUGCUGUGGUGCAUCUUCCUGGCUGUUCUGUCUGAUGUGUCCUUUGUCCCCAGAAAGCCAUCUCUGUCCUGGAGAUGGAGAAUGGCUACUGGUGGUGCAGGAGGAAGAAGCAGCGGGCAGGUGUGUUGCUGACAGUCGGCACCAGG